AUGUCGUCAAAACGCAAAUGGGACCAGGCUGCCCCCGAAACAACUCCUUCAGAAUCUGACCAUCCUGUAAAGGCGCCAAAAACCGACGAGGGGAAGACUGCUUCGGAGGCUGCGGCCGCUGCCGCUGCUAUUGCAUGCCAAAAUUGCAGCUCAAUCGGACAGAAGGACCCGCAUGAUGGAGACUUUACCCAUGACAUUGAUAUCAAUGAUGUCCGGAACCGGUAUAUGUUGACAAAAGGCUCUACACAGACCGAGAUUCACGAGGAAACGGGCGCAUCAGUUAGUACCAAGGGUGUGUGGUAUCCGGAUCGAUCAAAGGCGACGGAGAAAGACCCCCCACUAUACCUUCAUCUUUCGGCUUCAAACAAGGAAAUGUUGCAGAGGGCAAUUGACAAGGUUAACGACCUAAUAUCAAUUGACCUCGGUCCCCUAGUAGAGGACAAGAAGGAUCGAUUACGCGAAAAGCGUAAAUGGCCGGAAGAGAAAUUACCCGUUGCCCUCGAGACUAUCCGCAAUUUCAACGUUCGUGCCAAAGUUGUUGGGCCGCAGGGAAUGUUUAAACCUAGUACGCGUGUACAGAUAAAGGGUCAAGGUUCAGGCUUCGUAGAACAGGAAACUGGGCGGGAGUCAGAUGAGCCUAUGCACAUACACAUCACCGGACCAGAUGAAAAUCAACAUGCCAAAGCUCAGUCAGCAAUGAUGCAGCAACAAAUGGAGUUGCACCAAGCACAAAUGCAAUUUGCACAGUACCCGAUGGGUGGGUACGGUGCCCCACCACCUGCACCUGAAAAUGCACCUCCACCGCCACCACCUGGAGAGCAGCCUCCCCCGCCGCCAGAUGGGGCAGAGACCCAAGACGCAUAUGCAGCAUACUGGGCACAAUAUGGCUACGAUGUUAACUCAGAGCAGUUUAAGGAGUGGGCUGCGAGUCAGCAAGCGCAGUAUUAUCAAGCAUACGCUGGGCAAACAGCGCCCGCACCAAGUGACCCUGCUCCUCCGCCGCCGCCACAGCCUGCAUAG